GGGUGCCACUUUGCCUGCGAGCUGACUAGAGAGAGGAGCUUAACUGCUUGGCUCUCUGCAAGUCACAGGCAUGGCUGCUUUCUGGGGAAUGAUCUUCCUCAGCAUGGCGGAUGAUAGUAUCUUCUACCCCAUCCUUUGGAUCAUGCUGAUCAUAUCAUUAUUUGUAUCUGUUAUGGCCUUGUGGAAGUGGAAGAAAGAGAGACAGAGGAAGUGCCAACACAGAGGUAACCAUGAAAAUUCUAGAGUUUGGGACUUCCGCACGUCUUCACAGCACUUGAGGAUGCACUCCUCAGUGCCCAGGAAAAUGGAUAAGAACUGUGAAAUACUCGACCAGUUCAACAGACGUCUUCAGGCCUUGACCAGAUGCAUGGCGAUGCUCACCUUGGAACUGCCUGAGGGCAGCGAUGAUUCCACCAGCUCGGUCACAGUGAGUGAAAACCGCUGCUCUUUGAGGACAUCGCUGUAUCCGUUGAGCACCAGUUGUGGGGAAAUGGAGGCACCUUACCGACACCCAAAAGCCCAGGAGAACUUGGAAAGCUCCAUCCCAGAAAGGAAAGCGGAGCAGGGACUGGGCCUCAGUGAUCAGAGAAAGCCUGAUGUGAUGGUGGCUCCCACGGUGCAGGACCUGCCCUUAGAGGAUGAGGCUAUGCAAAGUCAUUCGGAGCAUCCUAACAUAAAAAUGCAGGCACCACAGUUCCUGAAGAGGAGUUUCUCAGAGCCUGUCCUGGGUCAGAGAGACUCCCAGCUUCCCCAUCCUCUGAGGCACUCAAGGAGGCCCACUUACUCGCUCAUCCAGCGUGGGCAUGGGCAAGCUCUGGCAAGGAGGUCAGCAGCAUGGGCCCUUGUCCCACGGCGAAAAUCUGCCCCCGAGACAGAUACGUGCAGACAAGAAACAAGGAUUCCAGUCCACAUUGCCUGCUGCAGAAUCUAUGAAGGCCCUGAUGACCAUCAGAUCAAGAUGAUGCAUCUGUGGCUGGAGCAAUAUGAAUAUGUUGAGAGGCGAAAGUUGGAAUUUUAUAGAGACUACUACACCCAGCCUAACAACGAAGGAUCCCAGGGCGUGGCUCCAUCUGACACUGCAGCCCCGGUUGUUGCAGGAGGAGCAACAGUUCGAGAGAGGAAUUCACCCGAGGUCAAGGCCAGUGAGCAACAGGACAAGAAAAAUACCACUGCUGCCCAGCAGCCAGAGGGGCUCCCUGAACGUACCCUCGUGGAGAGUUCUUCGGUUGUGCCAUGGAGGCGUCUGCCACAGGGUAGACCAUUCAGACCCCAAGCAGCACACGCAGAGAUGACGCCCAGGCAAGAAGCAGCAGAACACACGACUCCUAGACCAGAGACACCACCUGUGCUGUGCAGAAACUGCUGUGCACCAGCCCUCCUGUGCCAUUUCAUUCAGAAUGCCGGGGCCAAGCUCCGAGCUGCCUGCAUGGCCCUCUAUUCCCUGAUCAGAAAGGGAACUAAGAAGCUCUCAAAGAAGGGAAGAGAGCCCAUCAUGAAAAACAGAUCCUUAGAGCAGGCCAGGCUGGACACAGAUCAACGUAGGAGCAGACGAUCACUGAGUCUACUGGCCAAAAGGAAAAACCCACGUACACCUCAGGAGGCAAUGAGGAAGGACAUGGUGGCAUCUCAAGAUAAGACUUUCAGCGAUGCCAGUGAGGCCAGAGGUGCCAAAAAAGCAUUGAGCCAGGGUGGCAGCAGCCACAGGCACCUGGACGUGCUGGCUCCUGUUGCCCGUAGAGAGCCAGCCAACGUGCUGCUACCUCGGAGAAGGCUGCUCUUGGAGACUGAAGCUCCUGCCCCAUCUCAGUCUGUUCUAGCAGAUGUCCAGGCAGGCACAGCUGCAGUGAGUAGUGGAUUACUGCCAGAUGCUACCAGGGGGCAGAAGCAGAAGGGCAAGGGUCACACCCAGGACAAGUCAGCUCCUCCAAGAAGAAAGUCCCCAAAGAAAAAGGAGUCUUCCAGUGAGCAGAGACCCUCAGGUCUGCCACAGCCUCCAAAUCCCACUGGGACCAACGUUCCAGCCCUCUUCGUGCAGCAGCAGAGACCCUCAGGUCUGCCACAGCCUCCAAAUCCCACUGGGACCGACGUUUCAGUCCUCUUCGUGCAGCAGCAGAGACCCUCAGGUCUGCCACAGCCUCCAAAUCCCACUGGGACCAACGUUCCAGUCUUCAUGCAGGAGCAGAGACCCUCAGGUCUGCCACAGCUUCCAAAUCUCGCUGGGACCGACAUUCCAAUCUCCCUCCUGCAGGAGCUUUUCACAGCACUUAGAGAUUUGAAGAAAGCCAGACAAACUGCUGAUGAGCUGCAGAAGCAGGUGCUGGCUUCCUUCUCAAAUCAGCCCACAAACAAUGCCAAGUAA